GAUCAGUUGGCUUCGUGCAGUCAUACACGCGCCUAUGUUGUGACUCCUCUCGCCGUAGUGUGUUGUGGCGCGCCAAGUUUUUUAAGUUCCAACGCUUUGCACAGCAAUAGCAGACGAUUUUUCAACCACUGAUGUUUGUCCCAAGAUGUCUAUUUUAUGGACAAUUCUAUUCGUGACAUUAUUUGGAAGUCUCGGAGCUCGUCUAACAAAUACUGACAAAAACAGAUCACACGGCGUCAAAGACAAAGCGUCACGUAUUGAAAACAAAGAAGAUUUUUAUUUUCGCCGUUCAUAUUUAGAUACAAAUCGAAUUUACAAGAGCAAUGAUUAUGAUGAUUAUAGCAGCGGGCUCACCGAACCGCGCGCGUCAAAGCACUUUCACUAUCCCGCCCCGCCGUACUCCGAUACGAAAACGCCAGUCAAAGUCUACCAACCCAGAGAAGACCCACGCCUCUUCUACCAGUCUGAUGAAUAUCUUAAAGAAAUUAAUGGCAAGAACGUAAACUACGAAGUAGCCUCUAUUUAUCCAGGCAGAGAAGUCGUGAGGAUUGGUGAAGAAGAUAUAUUUAGAACUCAACCAACACGACGCUUGCGGACCAGAGAGAAUAAUCGAAUCGACUUUGCAGAACUAAAUCACUGUGUGAAAUGUCCAUACGAUAGAACAUUAAUUGCCAAAACGGGGUCUGACCGGGUCAUAUUACAAAGCCCUCGUUUGCUGUCAUGUUCAGGACGUAAAGCCCCGCAAAAUAUCCGAUUUAUUCACUUGUAUGGUCCGAAAUUUGGUUCAUUACUGCAAGAGGGCUCGUAUUCAAUAGUUGGACAGAUUAUGAAUUGGGAUGAAAAUCUACAAUUAUGCAAAUUCCAAGUACACGUGGUAACCCAAAGUUGCCGAACUCCAAAAUCAAUAGUAGCCCAUUGCAAAGGGCUUAAUCGACCUUGUAAUUUCACCUGCCGAGAUAGCAACUUGGAAUUAUAUGGCGCAACUUCACUAUCAUGUGGAAGCGAUUUACAGUGGGAGGGCAAUCUUCCAACAUGUAGAGCUCGUAACUGGUGCAAGGCGCCGUUGCCUCCAGAACACGGGCGCAUUAAUUGCAUAGGAAAUCCAGCUGGAGAAGCGUUAGCAGGUUUAGCCGAAGGAUCAAGAUGCCGUGUUCGUUGUGAGCAUGGUUGGCGUCCACAUUCGCGAACCGUAACCGUGUGUCGUCGUGGUAUUUGGACUCAUUCGACUUUAUUAUGUCAACCAAUUAAAAGCACACAAACUGGAUAAAUUUAUACCUAAGAUACUGGAUUUAUUAAUUGGGCCUUUUUUACUGCUAACAAGGCAUUCCAUCUUAGUUCUCAGAGCUCAGUGGUACAAUGCCUCAGCAUUUUGAUUUUUAAUGUAGAAUAGAUGUAAAGUGUGUAUGGGGCACAGUAGGUAUCUACUUACCACUAAGUGAACUGUGUAGCUCGUUUUCCACUUUAACUUCGAUACAAAAUAUGGCAGCAAUUUAUGGUGAUAUCAUUAUAAAAGCCAAACAAUCAAUAAUUUAUUAACAAACUACAUUUUUAAAUAGUUUGACUUAACAAUGAGGAAAAUUAUGAAACUAAAGGAACUAUCCGGUGUAAGAAGGCUGGUGUUUUUCUCGCUCAAAGGCUAAGUAUAACCAUUCAGCGAGGAAACGCAGACAGCGUUCUUGGCACGAUCCCACGUGGAGUAGGACUGUAUAAUAAUUAACUUAGGUAUUUGUUUUAGUUUUUUUUAUUAUAGUUUUUUUUUUAAUAUUGUAUAUAUUUCAAUAAUAUGUAAAUUAAAUAUUAACAUAAUAUUAAAUAUUACUAAAUGAAUAAAUUUUGGUCAAAUUUGGUCAGUU